AUGGGUUUGCGAUUUGGUUGCUUCCUUGUAGUCCUAUUACUGUCCAAAUCCUGUGGAGGCCUUUUUCUGUGUUCACUUUGUGACGAGGACGUUGACGAGUGCUCGGGUGAACCAUGUCGUAAUGGCGGAAAGUGUGUGAACACUCCUGGCUCCUUUGUGUGUCGUUGCCCAGUGGGCUUCGAGGGUCGGGUCUGCGAGUCUCGAGUAGAUCCCUGCGACUCUACUUAUGGACCUGUCUGUGCCAAUGGUGGUGCAUGCAUCACUGUAAAUAAUCGUGCCACCUGCCGAUGUGCCCCGGGAUUCAGUGGAUCGCGGUGUGAGGUGUGUCAGCUCCCUAUUCAUUUUGUUUUUUUCCAUCCUCUCCUUACUGAUCUAUAUUGA